AUGGAAGGACUGAAUAUUUUGCGAACGGUGGUCGUGCUGGUGGCUGUGUUCCAUAUUAACAAGGCGCAGGACAUGGAAUUCACUGAUAUCAGAGAUCUUGAUAUCCGACUUGUCAAUGGCAGCGCCCCCAACGAGGGCAGGGUGUUAGUUCGCUGGUUGCCUGACUCCGAGUGGAAGGCUCUGUGUCUUAAUCCGUAUGCUCCCGACACCAUCGCCUAUCAGAUGUGCAGACGGCUUGGGUACCAGUUCGCAUGCGGUAUGGAGGAGGCAGGGGCGGGGCGAACCGAUGACCCCUCCCUGGUGAACAUACCAAGCGUGGAAUAUCUGGAAGGCUGCUUUACGCACGCAUUUAACAUCACUACUGGGGGUUGCGUCUUAUCUGAGUCACCUCCGUUCGGUCCCAGUACCGACCCGCCUUGUGCGCAUGAACAAGACACGUGGCUAAUUUGUGGAUUUGCAGGAAUGCCAGACUUCGAAUUGCGACUGGUGGAGGAGGCAUCCAAUACUUCCAGAGGACUCGUUCAGGGCCGUUGCGGUGGGAUACACGAAUGGGGUGCCGUCUGCGGUAACAGAUUUGCCAAGCUCAGGGCCGGGCACGUUGUCUGUCGAGAUCUUGGAUUGUCGAACUACUCCAUAUCAACAGGAACACUAGCCUUUGGAGAGGUUAAUGCGCAGCACGUGCCCAACUACAAUCUGUUCGUGGAUAUCGGUUGUGUUGGCGACGAAGCAAGUCUGAGCGAGUGCGAACACUUCUCUCUACGUCAGUGCCAGAGUUACGCCACAGUAGAAUGUUUUACCGAAACUCGGGAGUAUGAAGAUAUUGCUUAUCUGUGUGGUUCUAAGCAACUCUGUGGCCAAGAAUGCCAUCAACAGAUCAAUCCUCUGCCGGACAGCGCUGAUGUAUUCCACUAUUGCCAGUGCGACGACGCCUGCGUUCUAUUCGACGACUGUUGCUACGACUACGCCAAUGUUUGCGACCGAACACCGCCAAGUUUAGAACGCGGGGGCUUCACGACUGAUUGGUUCGGCUGCGUCUGGAUACCGGGCAGUCAGUUCACUCACAUUGGUUUUGUGGUGGUAGAACGUUGCCCAGAAGACUGGAGAGACGAAGGCACACGUGCUUUGUGUGAGAAGCCGAUCAAUGUGACAGACGUCAUUGGUUCAAUACCAGUAUACGACGAUCAAGGUGUGGAUUUUAAAAACAUCUUCUGUGCCCUGUGUAACCGCAGGUCUCUAGCUAGGUUAAGCAGGUGGGACAUUUUCGGCUCUGACAAUGUUAUAAGUAGUACUGCGAACCUAUAUCACCCAUCUCUCAACCAGACCCUUCCGACAAAGGGCUGGGCCGUCACUCCACCAAAAGGUCACACAGAAAUACGUAAGUGCCCCGCUCAUGUGAUUGACACCUGUCUUGUUGACUUUCGCGGUACCGACAUGGAGACAGCUUGUAGAGCUUACUACGCACCCGUACGAACCGAUCGGGAAAACAUAAGGUAUCGUAACCCACACUGUGCUAUGUGCAACGGCAAGAUUCUCGAACCAGAUAACUCCUGCAUGGACCACGUCUGUACGGAGACAUGCGAACCUGUACCGUGGGGUCACUGCAUGGGUGUAUGCAGCCCGUACGACGACUUCUUCACAAUUGAGGUUCUCUUUGACUUCACAUCCUCCUCUUCCAUCAAUGGGAGGUCCUGCUUGGAAGGGCAGAUCUAUGAUCCAUUCCUAGAGAGGUGCCGAGUGCUGACGUGCGCAGCUGGGUAUCGAAUCAACGGCGACGAGUGUGUGGCAUACACUCCGGCAGAUCCGCCCAUAAACGGCAGUAUGGAGACAUCUGCGAUCGAAUGCUGGGCAAAGCGUCUUGGCAAAGACACAACCGGCGGGCAAGCCUUGAUGGCAGGACAAACUAUCAUCCUGGAGGACCCAGAUGCGGGACAGUUGUCAGCUCUUGUUCUCCUGACCUCUUUUCGAGGAGCGCUUGACGUUGAAGCAUCUUUUGAUGGUGCACAUGAAUCAAUAGACAACACCACCACACUCCCUGGAUUACUUUGCAAUAUAUCUACGCUGUCAAUUUUCGUGCCGUUUGGUCUCCGAGCUUCUAGUACCUGUCAGACUGUAAAUGGGAAUGAAACAUUUGAAGGAUAUGUUGGAAACCUUUUGGAGGUGAUAAGGUUUCAAGGUAUCAAAGAUAAGGGAGAGUAUACGAAGAAAAGAGCAUCGCCUCUAUGCUUGAAGGUUGCCAACCUGAAUUGCUCAUCUCUUCUUACGUUAAACGGUUCCGAGUACACGAUCUUGGCGGAUGAGAUUUUACAGGUGACUGUAAGUGGCAUACGUAUACCUACUGCCGAGUACGUUCGUUUCCCAGACGACUCUGCUGUCACGUGCUCUUUCACAGGUCCGCUUCCGGAGGGGUUGGAGCCGAAGAUCAGAAGGGCAAUUUCCUUUGCAGGUAGCUGUCUGUCUUUGCUGGCACUUGCCGCAACCUUCGUUACAUACUGCGUCUUUCCUGAGAUCCGGAACACCGCGGGCAAGUCAACGAUGAACCUGGUGGUGGCGCUCUUCGUCGCCAUCUUGCUGUUCCUACUGACGGGCUACCUCAGGCAGAGCCGCGCCGCUUGCGUGUCCGGUGCCGUAGGAGCGCAUUUCGCCUGGCUUGCCGCUUUCUGCUGGAUGACGGUCCUUAGCGUCAGUGUUGCUCGCACUCUGGCGUCCAAGGUGACCAUACCGCAUCGUGGCAGAGGAAUCGAUCGUUCACUGGUCACCUACAUGUGUCUUGCCUGGGGGAUCCCCCUGAUCAUAGUGACCAUCUGUCUGGCCCUCCAGUUCUGUAACUGCACCAGCCUACCUACAAUCUACGCAGAGAGAAACAUCUGUUGGAUCACUGACGCCACGGUUCGCGUGGUCGUCUUCUUGGUACCGGUUGCGGUGAGUUUGGUUCUGAACAUCACCACGUAUAUCUUCACGGUCAUCAACUUCCGGAGAAACAGACAAGCAAGCAAGGCUGCUCGGGAUCAAACAACGACGGACGCAGUCAGAGAAGAACUCUCCGUCUACUUAAAGAUCUGCACACUUGUUGGCGUGACCUGGAUCUUCGGCUUCGUGUCUCAGUCAGUGACUGGCAUCGUAGUAUUCUCCUACAUCUACAUCCUCCUCAAUUAUCUCCAAGCGGUCUUCAUCUUCAUCGCCUUUUGCCUCAACAAGAGGGUCCGGGGUCUGUGGAGGCAGAAGCUGAGAAAGAAGCCGGCACACACCGGGACGACGAAUUCGACUUCUCACUACCCAAGGCAUCAGGCGAACACAAUCUCCUCCAGGAUGUCCGGGAUAAAUCACACGAACACGACCACAGAGAACACCCAUCUGUAACUCUUAUCUCUCCAAAGUGAAAGCUUGUAACACAAAGGUAUCGACAUAAUAGCACACAUAUCGACCAAACAGGCUUUCAUUGCGCGGUAUGAUUUACGUCCCCCGCUCGCCGCGUCAUUGAAAACAUUCCAGGAACAUCACAGCUCCUCGGGGAGCAUACAGCUUAAUGCUGCCAUAUCGACGCAAUCGGAUGAAUCAAACACAUGAUAGUUUUUCCAUCACGUGUACCAAUUUACUCCUGGGAGGGGGAGAGGCAAUGAGUGACAAAGCGUCUUGCCCAAGGUACAGGACACGAAUCACAAACCCCAGGUUAGACUUGAACCAAUAACCUUCAGAUUUACCCACAAGAUCAGCAGUUCAAUACAAAAGACUACGAAGCCACGGUACUCAACGGGUUUGGGAGGGAGACAACAUGUCUCUGAGAAAAGGCCGUUUGGCCUGAUUCAACUUCGUCUGUAGUCAAUAUAGUUCUCCUAUCAAAGUCGGGGUUUUUUUUCCAAGUAUAUAUAAAUAAAGAUAAUAAAUACAAUGUAGGUGAUGUAAAAUCGUGUAGUUAAAGGCUGCUAAUAGUUUUAAGUGUCAUUGUAAGGUUAUUGUAUGUGUAAUUUCAUUUUAGACGAAGUAUAGAUUUUGCCCACGUCAUAUCUAAUUGUUAAUUAAAUUACACUUAGUGAAUAUAGUUACUCAGA